AUGGAUGUAACCUUUAUCUCCAUCCAUGAUAUGAGCCAAAAUGCUCGCAUUCUCUAUGCCUCCGACUCCAUCCAAGACAUUCUAGGCUACCAGCCGCAUGAAGUCAUCCACAAGCCAUGCUGGGACUAUUUCCACCCGGAAGAAAUGCCCUUUGCGCAGUCGGUGCACGGCCGGGGCGUGCAGCGCGAUAAAGCCGCGGUGUUGCGGUACUGCAGAAUUAGACACAAACAAGCGUUUUGGGUUUGUUGCGAAUGCGUGUUUUCCGUGGUGUAUAAUGUGUUGGUGGCGUUAACCAUUGCAGAGCGAGCCGUUGAUGCCCCCAUUGUCCGUAGAAUGUUCGCCUCCUCCCCGCGCGAUCCACGCUACCAUAUGCUUUCCUAUCUCUCCAAUAAAUUUACCGAGUCCCUCUCGACGGCUGCGCAUGAGCCGAGGGCAGCGUUGUUCCUGAACCGGUUUUCGCGGACAUUGCCCAUCAUGUUUGCGACGGAUGGUGUGGCACACAUCCUGGGCCUUGCGCCGCAACAGCUAGUAUCAAAGAGCUUCUACUUUUGCAUCCAGGAACGAAGCUUGCAUGAUGCCGUUCGGUGCCUGGAAAGCGCCAAGGCGAAUAAUUCUAUUGCUUAUCUUCAGUUUUGGUACCGGAAUCCUGUGGAGGGGAAUGUUGUUGGUAACAAUUCUAAUACUGAUGGGACUGAGUCAGUGCUGAUGAUCGAUGCUAACACUGCUCAAGACCACCAAAGCCCGGUUGAAGUGGAAGCAGUGGUUUCUUGCACAUCCGACGGACUCGUCGUGAUCCUGCGCCGUGCUCGUCCGUCGAUACCACAGCAGGCGACCUUGACAUCUACAUCGGUCCGUGUCAAUCACUCACCUGGUCUAUUUGCCUCGCCUUGGGCAGUGCAGCCGAUACUCCCACCACAGACAGUGUGGAAUUCUCAAGGCUACCCGACGUAUAAUUUCUCGGCCACCACCACCACCACCACUACUACAACAUUUUUACAAUCCUCUAACACGCUUCCAAACAGCAAUCAUAGUUACAACGGAGGACCGAAUCCCCAAGAACUAUUCGAGACCAUUCGUGAUGUAGCCGUGUUUGUAUGGGGCAUUAUAGGUAUCAAUGGAUCGCUCGAGCAGUACCGGAAAGGACAGCCCAGCGGUGACGCCAUCCCGGAUGGGAUAGAUCUCUGGGAUCCAAAGGUGAAAGAGGAGGAAGGCGGAAGUAAAGAUGGGAGUUGA